AUGGCCUCCGCUUCAGCUGGAAUCAAAACGCGAAUCUGCAUGAUCUCAGAUACCCAUACGGCGACACCAUGGCCACCUCAUGAGACUUCUUAUGCCUAUCGCAACCCGCUCCCCAAGGCCGACAUUCUUCUCCACGGUGGCGAUCUCACCAAAGUCGGCUACAGUGUAGAACAUGAAAGCAUGGUACGAAUGCUCAAAUCCGCCGACGCCGAAUUGAAACUCGUCAUUGCGGGCAACCACGACAUCACCCUCGACGAAGACCACUUUGCAAGUUUCGGCUACACGAGACAUCGACGACCCGAAUGGCUCGGCGGCAAAGGUAUCCUCCUGGAAGAGGACGAGAAGUCAUUAUUAAACGCCAUCCGAAGUGACGAUCCUCCCCGAGAGGAAACGAUGCGCGCCUACGUCCGUCGCGUCAAAGAUAUGUACACAAGCGACUCGGCCCGCGCAGCAGGCAUUCGAUACCUCGAAGAAGGCGUCCACCGCUUCACCUUGUCCAACGGGGCCCAAUUCACAGUCUACGCCUCACCUUAUCAACCCGAGUUUUGUCGUUGGGCGUUCGCCUAUCCGCGCUCAGAAGACCGAUUUAACCUGCCAGCCUCCGGGUCGUCGGGCCCCGCCCCAGCAAAUCCAGUCCCCGACUACCCCGAGGUCGAUAUCAUGCUCACUCACGGUCCGCCAGCGAAGAUCUUGGACUCUGUCGGGUUGGACCCGAGUCAUGUUCGACAUGUGGGGUGUGAACAUCUCCUUCGAGCGGCGGGCCGGGCGCGUCCACGCCUGUACAUGUUCGGACACAUCCAUGAAGGGUGGGGAGCGAUACGAGGCUCGUGGGAUGCCGCUGCGCCGGAUGGAAUCAGACAAGAAGUGGUGCCGACGGACCAUGAGGAUAUGUUAGAACGCCGGGCGGCCUUUUACAAUGUCAGUUCUUCGGGUCCGCAGCCAUUACGAGUGGGAGAAGAAACGCUGUUUGUAAACGCUAGUAUCAUGACGCUAACUUAUCGUCCGUUCAAUGCACCUUGGCUGGUGGACAUUGAUCUCCCACGUGCGGAUGCGUAG